CUUCGACACGGCCUAUUGAAAUCGAUAUAUAGGUACGGGAGACGCAUACAGGUUUUGUCGGGCUAUAAUCCUGUAUCACAUCACAACCUCAGCACCACCUUCUGCUCACCACCAUCUGGCCUGGCCCCUUUCCUCACUACUGAUCCUCUCUAACCCCAACGAUAAUCACCUCCAACUCCCAUAUCCCGACAAUGAUCUUCCACUAUCCACCACUCAUCGUUUCUCCACAGGUACUCCCGUGCUCUUGCUUGUCGUUAACCCUGACCAGUUCACCGACACAAAAUGGAAUGCGACAAUCAGGAGUACCGAUGCGAUGCCCAGACCGUUGGCGAGGUCUGUUAGCUGGCUGCUGUCUAUCAUGAUGCGCGCGUGAUUCCAGACCAGAGCAAAAGGAUAUCGCGAUUGUCGUCGUACUGUGAUCUGAAUCUUUGGGAGAGGGAUCAAUAUACCGACCAACAGGUGCAAGGAUGGAUUUUCUCACAAAUUAAUCCGAUCGCGUCUUGAAGAUAGACUCGUUUCGUUUGGCUCUGGUCUUGCAGCAAGAGACGUGGACUUUGGCGAGAACACAACCCUAGGACCACGUGGUCCCCUUCUGUAAAUCCGAGCCGCACCUCCGACCGGGUCCGCCCGUCCUUUUACGUGAGCGUCCCUCGUCGCGCAUCAACCACACACAUCAAGCAACUCGCACACGAACGACGACAAGCAAUGUCAGAACCAACGACAUCGUAUCAAAAACCAACAAAAUGCAUUCUCACUCAGGAGCAGGUGAAGGAAUGGGAGACCUCGCCCACAUACGCGAGUGUGAUGACGUUCAUCGAGCGCCUGAACGACGCGGUCGUAGGGAUCAAGCUUACGAGCGAGUGUGACUUAUCCGAGGGAGUGAAGGAGAUUAUUGGCGUACUGGAUGAUGUCGAGCAAAUAUCGAAGGACACGCCACCAGUGUCGAAUUCAGCGUCGCGGUUUGGUAAUCCGGCGUUUCGCGACUUCUACGACAAAGUGGGACGGGCAUCACCUGAAUUGCACAAGAAGAUUACGGGCAUACCAGAUGAUGCCAUACCCGAGCUGUCCGUUUACUUCAGCGAGAGCUGGGGUAACCGGACGCGAAUCGACUAUGGGAGCGGGAUGGAGCUGAACUUCCUAUGCUGGCUGCUGUGUCUGGAGAAACUUGGCGUGCUGAAACAAGCGGAUGACCGUGCCGUUAUCAUUAGAGUCUUUUGGAGAUACAUCGGCGUAAUGCGAACCCUGCAACAAACGUAUUGGCUCGAGCCGGCCGGGUCACACGGUGUUUGGGGCCUGGACGACUACCACUUUCUCCCCUUCGUGUUUGGCUCUGCGCAGCUGAGAGGGCAUAAGUAUCUGCGCCCGAAGAGCAUACAUGAUGCAGACGUGUUGGAGAUGUUUGGCAAAGAUUACAUGUAUGUGGCAUGUAUCGCAUUCAUCAACUCUAUCAAGACCGCCUCACUCCGAUGGCACUCCCCCAUGCUGGACGACAUUUCCUCCGUCAAGACGUGGGACAAAGUCAACAGCGGAAUGUUCAAGAUGUACCGCGGUGAAGUCCUAGGCAAGCUUCCCGUGAUCCAGCACUUCUAUUUCGGUUCUCUGCUCCCCUUCACCGGCACGCCCAUCUCCGACAUCACCUUCGAAGAAGGCAAGGGAAUGGUGCAGCACGAGGGCCAUGUGCAUGUACAGUCGACCUGGGGUGAUUGUUGUGGGAUCAAGAUUCCGGCGGUGUUUGGCGCGGCGCAGGCGGAAAAGGUGGACUCGGAGAGGAGGCCUGUUCCGCUCAACGUUCCCGGACUGCGCCCUGUACCAUUUGACUGA